AUGGCUGAUCUUGAAGUCAGUCAGCCUGCGAUAAAGAAGAAGUAUAACUUUGAUGCCAGUUUAAAGCUCAAAGUAGUGGAAGUUGCUUUGAAAAACAGUAAUAGAGGGGCUGCCAGAAAGUUUGAUGUAGACGAACAACAAGUGAGAGAAUGGAAAGAGCAAAGAAACAGUUUGACGGAGUGUUCGAGCAAGAAAAAGAGACUGGACGGCGGAGGACAAAAAGUAGCACAACUUGAAAUGGAAGAACUUGUAUCUUGGAUAGACUGUUUGCGAGAACAAAAUUUGAGAGUAACUAGAAGCAGUAUCCAGGCAAAAGCUCUUGAGUUGUCCCCACAAAGCGAGGAAGAGUUUAGAGCUAGUCGUGGCUGGUUGGAAAAGUUUCUUAGCAGGCAUGGAUUCUCUUCACAACAGAAAACAACAGUUUCUCAAUGA